UAAACUAUAAUGAUUGCUUCCUGCUCCUCUCCUCCUUCAUGGGCUCCCCGUAGUCUUUGCAAGCUGGCCAGGAUGUCUCAGGCUGAGUCUGAGAAAGCUGUGGAAGAUGUUAAGCACCUUAAGAUCAAACCAGGGGAUGAUGAGAUGCUGUUCAUCUAUGGCCACUACAAACAAGCAACUGUGGGCAACGUAAAUACAGAAUGGCUUGGGAUGUUGGACUUCAAGGGCAAGGCCAGGUGGGAUGCCUGGAAUGAGCUGAAAGGGACUACCAAGGAAGAUGCCAUGAAAGCUUAUGUCAACAAAGUAGAAGAGUCCUUAAAGAAAAAACACGGAAUGUAAGAGACUGGAUUUGAUUGCCAGCCGUGUGUUUAUCCUAAGCUGAGACAAUGCCUUGCUUUUUCUGAUACUGAAGAUGACGGAAUUAGGCAAAAUAACCAGUUAACCCAGCUCUUCAAGGCUGCUCACCACAGACCUCUAACAGAUUAGGUGCUGAAAUGAUUACUGACCUUCCUUGAGUAGUUUUUAUCUGAGAUCAGUUAAAAGUGUAUUUGUGGAAAUUACUUUUUAAAAGCAAAAAAACAA